CAGCAGCUGGGUUAACGCUGGUAGGAUAUGCGCGACUGGGUAAAAUUUGCGCUACGUAACGGUAAAAUUAAGCCGAUAUUCAGUCGUUGAACCACAGUGUUGAAUGAACACUUCGCGGGAUUAACACAGUAAGCUCAGAAAUGCCGCGUUUGUACGCUGUAAAGUUGUAAAUGGUCACAGCCACUGAUUUGCUGGCGCUGCUGUAGAAACAGUGUAUCCGCAGUGAAUUCACACCGUUCCGUCCUGUCUCACCUUUCCCACAGGUGGAGCAUGAGUGUGGGGUCAGAGUUCUGCUGUGAUGCGUGCUAUUGGGUGUAGGAUGAACCUACCGGCAGUGCUGAAUGGCCUGCUGGUGUCAGUGGUGGCAGCCUUGCUUUGGAAAUACGUUCGUCUGAUUGAACACACAUCACAGCUGGAAGAGGAGCUACAGCUCACACGCCAGUCACAAGAGUUUUCACAGGUGCGUAUUGAUUACCACGGUGCCUUGUUGGCACUCCAAGAGCAUGGCACCAGAAUGGUGUGCACUGGCAAGAUGCACACUGAUCGCAUCUGCCGUUUCGACUACCUCUGCUACUGCACAGAGGCCGAGGAGUUUGUAUUCUUCCACAGUAAUGCCUCUGUGAUGUUGCCCAACCUUGGCUCUCGGCGUUUCCAACCAGCCCUGCUGGACCUCUCAUCUGUAGAAGACCACAACACGCAAUAUUUUAACUUUCUUGAGCUUCCAGCGGCGGCUCUGAAAUUCAUGCCAAAACCUGUGUUUGUGCCAGACGUCACUCUUAUUCUGAAUCGAUUCAAUCCAGACAACCUCAUGCACAUUUUCCACGAUGAUCUUUUGCCAGUCUACUACACCAUGCAGCAGUAUUCAGACUUGGAUGAUGAAGCCAGACUCGUUUUCAUGGAGGGUUGGGGUGAAGGGGCUCACUUCGAUCUCUAUCGCUUGAUGAGCAGUAAGCAACCACUUCUCAAAGACCAGUUGAAGACCUUCGGCAAGCUCAUGUGCUUCACCAAGUCCUAUGUAGGACUGUCAAAGAUGACCACAUGGUACCAGUAUGGCUUUGUGCAACCCCAAGGACCCAAAGCCAAUAUUUUGAUAUCAGGUAACGAGAUCCGUCAGUUUGCUUCAUUUGUGAUGGAGAGGCUGAACAUCACAAGAGAGGAGGAGGAGGAUGAUGAUGAUGACUACAUUGUAGUUUUUAAACGUACCACGAACAGGCUCAUCCUGAACGAGGCUGAGCUGCUUCUGGCUUUAGCUCAAGAGUUGCAGAUGAGGACGGUCACUGUGUCUUUGGAGGAGCAGUCGUUUGAUAACAUCAUCCAAAUUAUUAGCAAGGCAGCCAUGCUGGUCAGCAUGCAUGGAGCCCAGAUGAUCACCUCCAUGUUUUUGCCCCGUGGUGCAGCUGUGGUCGAGCUCUUCCCUUAUGGUGUGAACCCGGAACAGUACACUCCCUACAAAACCUUGGCGUCCUUACCUGGCAUGGACCUACAGUAUGUUGCUUGGAGAAAUACCAUGGAAGAGAACACUGUCAAUUUCCCUGAUCGCCCUUGGGACCAGGGUGGCAUUGUCCACUUAGAGAAGGAGGAACAAGAACGUAUCCUUGCCAGCAAGGAGGUGCCAAGACAUCUUUGUUGUCGUAAUCCAGAAUGGCUUUUUCGCAUUUACCAGGACACUACUGUAGACCUUGCCUCUUUCCUGGACGUACUCAGAGAUGGUUUAAAAAAGCUUAACUUUAAAAAGGCCAAGGUGGCUAGCACUGUACAUCCCGGUCGAGUCCGAGAGCCCAAGUGUCAGACUUCAGUACAGGCCACCAAUGAAGCAAAGCUCUCGGUCUCAUGGCAGAUCCCUUGGAACCUGAAGUACCUGAAGGUCAAAGAGGUGAAAUAUGAGGUGUGGAUCCAGGAACAGGGAGAGAACACAUAUAUGCCUUACAUUCUGCCCCACCAGAACUACACCUUUUCAGAGAACAUCAAACCCUUUACCACAUAUUUAGUGUGGGUGCGCUGCAUCUUUAACAAGAACCUCUUGGGUCCAUUUGCAGAUGUUCUUAUAUGUAAAACUUGAUUCAAUCCGGUUAAAUGUAUCACUGUCGGCUAGUGGAGAUUUAAUUGGAAGACUUGUUCUCAGGAGCUAUCCUGAAAAUUACAUGAUGUGACAUGGGUGAAUUGUUUCUUUGAACCUUGAUUGUCACUGAUUGCUCUUUGUGGUACUUGUGGAGUGUCACAAACUGAUUUAGAAUCAUGACCGCAGUAAAGGUUGGUCAUGAAUGCAGUUUACAGAACUGCUAGACCUUUUAAUAUGUCACAGUUCAAGCUAAAUUCUUAACUUUAUUUAUCAGAAAUGUAUUGCAUAACUUCGUAUUUUCCAACAGUCCAAGACACUGGUUUUGUCGACACCUGCUUUUGUUAACUCAAAUACUACACACUUUUCUGUGGCUUAAGCUAGCUUUGUGACUUCGUGAGUGUGCCCUCAAGUUUUGUUAUGAUGAAGGUUUUUUGAGGUUUAGAAAUAUUGUAUGAAGUAACUACAAAAAAAAGCUGAAAGUGAAUAUUGAGAUAUAAAAAGUAGGCUGCUGUUUACCA